UUCUGCCCUGGUCCACCCUCCUCCCCUUUCAGAUUACUCCUCCUUCAGCUCUUCGCCUCUUCCACUUAUUCCCUCCCAGCUUCUUUCUUCAUCCCUGUCCCUUUCCCACUCACCAGCUGGCUUGUCCUCCUCCUCCUCCCCCACCUCCUUAUUCUGGCUUUGUCCCCCUUCCUUUCCAGUCCUGAUGGAGGGUCUCGGUCUGAAACGUCGACUGUUUAUUCCUCUCCAUAGAUGCUGCCGGACCUGCUGAUUCCCUCGGGCACUUAGUGAGGUUCCGUUCCCUGUUUUCCUGCUGCAGGUUGCUUCUCUAAUUGGCCCCAUCCAUGGUUCUCCUCCCCACUACGUGUGUAGGUUUCGAACGGUUGUUCACUUACUGAAAGGCAGUAACGCUGACCACGGUACCACCAUCGCCUUUCCAGCUUCAAGGACAUCGUCACUGCACAGGAUCAGGAAAAGCUGCAGAAAGUUGCAAACUCAUGGGUACCAGCCUCCUUAGCAUCCAGGACCCCUUCAAAAGAAGAUGCUUCAAACAGACAACAUCCAUCAUUAAAGACCCUCCAUCACCCAGAGCAUGUCCUCUUCUCACUGCUACCAUCAGGGAAGAGGUAGAGGAGCCUGAAGACGCACACUCAAUGAUUCAGGAACAGCUUCUUCCCAUCUGCCAUCCGAUUUCUGAACGGACAGUGAACCCAGCAACACUAUUUUUGUCUAUAUAUAAAAUUGUAAUUAUAUUUUUUAUCUGUAUUGUAAUGUACCGCUGCUGCAAGAACAACAAGUUUCGCGACAUACGCUGGUGAUAUUCAACCUGAUUCUGAUUACUGGGGGCUCAGGGCCUGAAUCUAUAGCCUGAGAAAACAGAUUGUACGAUGGACCGUGGGCAGUGACUGCAUCACACUGAAUCGUCAAAUUAAUACACAAUGUGUAGCUGAACAGUACGGUUUAACUUCAUUUAAAGUAAAGCAGAGCAGAGUGCAGUGAGGCAGCAACAAGAUGCUUCCCUGACAUUGAAAGCCUCGCACACUGAAAUUUCCUGCCACCUUCUGCAUUAUUUCUGUCCUUUACUCCUGUUCGGGACACCAAGUUGUUGAAUCUGGAGAUGAUGUUGCCUGGAAGAAUGAGGUGCGGAAAAGCAGCAGUUUGUGGUGAGCAGUGAAGAGGAUGUGCCAUGUGUGGGCAGUGUCUACAAGCAGCAGAUGGUACUGGGUGACGUGGUGGCACAGCCCGUGUUGGAUUGCCUGAUACACGUGGCACAGCUGUACGGGGAGCCUAUACUCACCUACCAGUGCCUGCCCUACGUCGCCUACCUGGUUGCCCCUAGCAACAGCCGGCGGCUGAACAGUCGGAAGGAGGCAGGGCUGUUGGCAGCAGUGGUUCUGAUGCACAAGAUCAUUGUCUACCUGUCGGACACCACCCUGAUGGACAUCUUGCCGAAGAUUAACCAGGACCUGCUGCUGCCUGUGCUGGAAGUGCUCACCUCCCCCCUCACCAGUUUCCCAGGUGGGGCCCCAGCCCGCUCUGUGUUGGGGUUGAAGACCCUCGGGCUGCUUGCCCUGGUCUGCCUGCGUAUCGGCCAGGAGAUGGUGAUGCAGCACAUGACGGAGAUGCUGGGCCGAUUCCUACUGGGAUUCUCUGUCGUGCACGACCUGCGAGAGAAGCUGGGACUGAGCGCAGACGCCCGGGACUGGGCCGGAGUGUCCGAGACUGAGCUUGGAGGAGGCUGGGAUCUUGCUGCCCUCGAGGAGCUUGAGGAGGUGUUCAGCCUGGAGAUGGCCUAUUCUGCCUAUGUCCUCUUCAACCGCCUGAUGGGAGACACCCUGUCUCAGCAGCUGCGGUGGGACGAUGGGCGGGUGCGAGCCCUUGCCGCCCGCUACCAGGAGGAGGUCAGCGCCUGGGCGUCUGGCAGCCCCACACCUCCCUCGCCAGAUGCCAGUCAGCCCCCUUUGUGGCGGGGUGCAGGAGUUGAAGACGGGCAGAGUGGUAUCUUCGGCAGUGGCGUUGUGGGGAAUCGGAUCGAGGUGGCAUGGCGUUCCGCAGGCUGGCCGGGAGCAGGGACGGGUUUGGGGUCACGGGAGCCCCCUCCCCACGAGCCUGGCGGCCUGAAACAGGACCUGGUUCGCAGCGGCCGCUGGCUGGACGGCAACUGGCUGGCGCACUGGCAGUAUGAGGUGGGCCGGGCACACCAAGACCAACGCUGCCACUUCCAUCAGAUCCCCCUGCAGUGCUUUCGCGGGCACACUAGUGCCAUUCGCGCACUCUGCCCCCUCCCCGCUGAGGACUUCUUCCUGAGCGCUGGCAGGGACCGGACUGUCCGCCUAUGGCCCCUCUACAACCGGGGGGAUGGGAGCCACGCCGUGGGCCCCCACCUCACCUAUGCCCAGCACCGCCGCCCCGUCUUCGCAACACAACAUCUGGACACCCUACAGCAAGUGGCCAGCUGCGAUGGAACUAUCCACAUCUGGGACUGUUUCACAGGAAAAUCGAUUCGGAUAUUCGAUGGUUU